AUGGCAUGUUUUCUAGAAAAAAAUAACCUAUCAUUUAACGUCGCUGGUGAUCCAAAGAAUCUUAUCCAGUCAGUAUGUCCAGAUUCAGAAUUGGCAAAGCAACUUACAUUCGGUAGAACAAAAGCUCAUACUAUAGUGACAAAUGUUACUGGAAAAGCUGCAUAUAGAAAACUAUUGGAUAAACUGCGAAAUGAAAAUUUCUCUUUAAUAGCUGAUGAGAUAUCAGAUUGUACUGAUGUUGCUUUGCAUCGGACUUGCAAAGAAUUUUUCGAAAAAGAAAAUAUUCCUUAUAAGCAAAAUAUGAUUGGAUUUGCUUGGGACAGAGCAAAUAAUAUGUUCGGAGAAUAUGUUUCAUUAGCGGUGUUGUUCGCAAAAGAUAUACCAAAUUUAUUUAUAAUGAAGUGUAUUUGUCACUCCUUUCACAUGUGUUUUUCCUAUGCUUGCAAAGAAUUGCCUCGAGGAGAAGAAGAUUUUGCAAGAGAUGUGUACAAUUAUUUAAAAAAUAGCCCGAAACGACUCGAUGACUAUCAAGACUUCCAGAAAUUUUUAAAUAUUAAACCGAACAAGCUUCUACACCCCUCACAGACAAGAUGGCUUUCUUUGCUUCCGGUCGUGGAAAGGUUCAUCGAACAACUAGCUGCACUGACUUUAUAUUUUAAAAAUGCUGUUCUGGGUGAUAGAUUACUUGCUGCUAAUUCAAUAUUGGAAAAAUGCUUGGCUCCUUCAACUAUUCUCUACUUGCAAUUUUUAAAAUUUGCUUUACCAUAUUUUUACGAUCUAAACAAGGAAAUGCAAUCGGAAAGCUCAAAGUUGUUUGUCUUGUACGAAAAAGUGUUUACAACCUAUAAAACGAUUUUAUGUUUUAUUAAACCAGAAUGUUUGGAGUUAUCAGCUGCAGAAAAAGAAGCCAGUACAAAUUAUUUAGGAAGCCUGGAAACUAAAAUUUUAAAUAUUAAAUAUGAAUCAAAGAUAAAUCAUUUACCUUACGAUCAAGUAUACUUGGAAGGUGAUGUCUUAGCGUUGUUAUCACAAGAAGAAUUUGUUCGUGACAUAGGAGAAGCUGAAGUCCACAAUUUUAUACAAAAAUGUGUUCUUUUUUAUACUAUGAGUGUUAAGCAAAUAAGGAAUAGAUUCCCGUUUGAGGAUUAA